AUGUUUUCACCUCGUUCGAAUUAGCAAACACCAACCUAAAGAAAGAUAGGAAGAAAAAUGUCAGAAUCAUCACACAAAUCUUCAAGAAAAAUUGAAAUCUAAACAUUGCCUUCUGGUAUCAGAAUAAUUAUUGCUGAAUCAAUACUAACAUAAAAUCAUAUUUCAUCCAUUAGAGACAGUUUAAUAAAAUAUCUAAAAUAUGAAGGUAAUACUUAAGAAUUUAAUCAAUAGAAUCUUAUUAAAAAUUAAGACCUGUUGAUAUUCAAAUUAUGAAUGAAUAUGCUUUGACAUAAGUUUCAUUUGUUAAAGAAUUUAGUGAAAAAAAAGAAUUAAUUGUAAAUAUGCUCCUACAUCUCUUUUUUUACAGAAAUGCAAAAUAUAUCAAACAAUGUUUUCAAGAAAAGAAUUAAGCAGAUGAUAUUAAAGAAUUCUAAAGAUUAUUAAUUUUUCAUAAGAGUGGAUUAAAUUCCUUAGAAGUUAGAACACUCUUAACUUGGCUCAAUGAUUAUAUUGCUCACUAUGAUUUAUUCUAUUUUAAAGCUCUAUCUGAUGAUGGAUUAGAUAUUGUUUAUAAUGUCGUUUUGGAUAUUCCUACUUUUGUACCUCCAUUAUCUUAAGCCAAUUUUAUACCUUAAAAUGUAUUUCAUUUUAAAAUAUUAGAAUAAAUAAUACGCAGAUAUUGAUUCUGAAGAAGAAGAAAAAUAUGCCAAAAGAAGAAACAUGAAGGAAAAAGAAAACUAAGACCUACAAGAUUAACUUUAAGAAAAUUAAGAAGAAACUUUGUAAUAAGAACAUGAAUCAAAGAAACCUAAUGAGUUUGAAGAGUAUAUACAAUAAUAAGUUUUUGGAACUUCUUAAUAAUUAUUUUAAAAGAUUGAAGAGUAGAAUAAAAUUAUUAUUGAUUAAGUUGAAAGAGAAAAUAAUAAGAAAAAAAAAUGA